GUCAGCUGCUGCUUAGCUUGCUGUUCCGUGUCGCGCUUCUUGUCCGCUUUCAAUGUUUUCCGUUUUAUUUUGUUAUUUCUGUAAUGCAAACCGAAGUUUUAACUAAAAUUUAUGUUAUUGCAUGAAUGUGAAAUAAACUGUGCAGUUUUACAGUGAUAUCGGCCCCUGGAAAGCAAACAGAUCAAGAUUUUGGCCCGGAGUCAUAUCAUUGUAAAAGAGCUCGCUUAAAAAGUUGAGCCCCGCACCGCACCGGCUUGUUCGCUGACCGCCGAGCCGCUAAUCUCGCUUUUUCGCGCCCCGCCGUCGCCCGCCAGACCCGCACCGGCCGCCGCCAUGCUCGCGCACCAAGCACCGCUCGCCCUGUACUAAAAUCAAUCGUCAACAUCGAUAGGAACGAGUGUGAUAAUAAUAAUUUAAUACUUGCCUAAACAAGCUUGCAACGUCGGUGUCUUUAAAUCUAACUUAAUUGUAAGAUUAAUCUUGUAGAAAUAACGUACGAAUUCGUAAUUUUCUUUCGUCUUUCGCCGCCGCGUCCGCGUGUGUCGUAGUGUGUGGUAGUGAGGGUGCGUAGUCUCCGCAGCAAGAAGUGUGAGAAGUGUAUGCUUGGAGCGCCCAGGCGCUUAACCCCCGCGGCCUAUGAGCCGCAGUCGCACAGUGUAACUGCGCGCUCUUUUUACCCCUUUGACUACAUUGGCAACGAUGGCCAUGGUGAACAUGAAUAGCCUUCUCAAUGGUAAAGACUCUCGUUGGCUGCAACUUGAAGUGUGCCGAGAAUUUCAACGGAAUAAGUGCUCGCGACCAGACACCGAGUGCAAGUUCGCGCAUCCCCCGGCAACCGUCGAAGUGCAGAAUGGAAGAGUCACUGCUUGCUACGACAGUAUCAAGGGUCGGUGUAACCGCGAGAAGCCACCCUGCAAAUACUUCCAUCCCCCACAACAUCUCAAGGACCAGCUGCUGAUAAACGGAAGAAAUCACCUCGCGUUGAAGAACGCGCUAAUGCAACAGAUGGGUCUAACGCCUGGGCAGGUGCUGCCUGGCCAGGUCCCCACCGUGGUGGGCGGCGUGAGCGGCGCGGGCGCGGCCGCCAGCCACCUCGCCGCGCUGGACCCGAUAUCUCUGGCCCUGCUCGCCCCGCAGGCGACGUCGCCCUACCUGUCGGGCGUGCCCGGCGUGGGGUCGACGUACGCGCAGUACUACACGCCGCAGCUGGUGCCGGCGGUGCUCGGGCACGACCCGGCUGCCGCUGCUGCCUCGCCGCUUGGCGUCAUGCAGCAACCCGUCUUGCAGCAGAAGCUGCCGCGCACCGACCGCCUAGAGACGGCCGCCGCAGCCCAGCAGCCGGCAGCGAGCGCGACUUCGGAGCCGGGCAAGAAACGGCCGGCGCCCGCCGAGCUCGAGCCGCCACCGAUGGACAUGAAGAGCGUCGGAUCCUUCUAUUACGAUAACUUCGCUUUCCCCGGGGUGGCAUACAAGCGGCCCGCCGCCGAUAAAGCCGGCGUACCAGUGUACCAGCCGGCGACCACUUACCAGCAGCUGAUGCAGCUACAGCAGCCGUUUGUGCCCGUAUCAUGUGAGUACCCCGCGCCCGUCAGCUCCGCCCCGCCGAGCGCGGCCGCGUGUUCGGCGCCAGCCCCGCCCGCGCUGCCGACGUUGCCUGCGCCCCCGCAACCCACGCCGCCGCCGCAGCCCGCUCCGCCGCAACCCGCCCCGCCCGCGCUGCCCACGGACUCUGAGGACUCGCUGGAGGGCUCGCCGCCCGACCCGGCCGCAAUGGCUAAAGAGGUGGCGCAGAAGAAUUACGCGGCAGCAAUCGCUAUCGCGGCGCAGCACUCUGCUAUGGCGCACGCCGCCGCUAUGUAUACCCAACAAGCGCUGAAGGCGCGCGCCGCGGUUCCAAAUUUGAUGCGAGCGCCACUGAUGAUGAGGCCGGGCUGGCCCGGUCCCCCCGUUCCCAUGCCGUACUACCCACAGCAGUACAUGUACUCGAUGCCGCCGCCCACGCCCCCCGCGGCGGCGGCGGCGGCUGCGGCAGCGGCAGCGGCGGCGGUGAAUCCGUACAAGAAGAUGAAGACCACAUAGAGCGGCGCUCGGCGGAGCGCGGGGCGCGGGGUCUCCGCGUAGAGACUCGUACGUGUGUGAAUGUCACCCCGGCCUGUCGGGGUGAUUAUAGCGCUAAGUGUGCUGUCACAUUUGUAUUGUAUAAUUUGUAAGGACGAAGCGAGCGGAUUCUCCCUCGCGGAUGUCUCGGUAGUUUUACGCUAUAUAUAUAUAUAUAUUCUAUUGUGUAUCUUACUCACCGUUUUGAUCCUAUGCGUGGUGUAUAUUUUCUCAUACCUAUAUACGAUCCCGGUAAUAAUAACGCUUGAGAUGCAUGACUGUACGUUUUUUUAUUACCUCUUGUCGAUCGUCGUUUACCGUGAGUACGUCGUCGUACUGAGAGUUAGCGCUUGGUCCGUCGAUCCCGCUACGUACACGCUUGUUCCCGGAGGAAACCGCACGGGUGCGCUUUGGCCGAUGUGUCGAUCCCGAACCUAGUGGUUACCGGCUUGCGGCAGCGGCCUGCAGCAGGUCGCAGCACCUAACACAGCCGCCUUCUAAUUUUCGCAUGGAUAGAACCCACCACCCCUAUACGUUUGGCUCAUCAGGUAUUAUUCUCAUUAUUCUAGUGGCUCCGUGUGUGCUAAGUGUGCCGGCGUGUUCAUCAGUUUAGUAGCAUUUUCUUUCGGUCGCACUCCUUUUUAUUUAUUUUGAUCGCUUUCUGUUACAUGCCUUCCGAAUGACCGCUUCGGCUGUCGUCCGCAUUGCAAUCUUUUGUCGCUUUAUGUGAAAGGCUGCGCGCCACCAAACGCGCCCUAUGUCGUGUACACGGACGAGCGCGGACAGGUAACGAGUGCCGCGUGCCGCACCGCACCAAACCCACACACGCUGUCGCAUCCUACUAUGAAAGGAUUUACUUUGCUCACUGUCAAAUGUCGUGUCAAUAGCAAAAAAAUCUAUCCGUGUUAGGGCUAGAUUUGCAGAAAGCUACAGUUAUCAUAAAUCUAUUAUGAAACUGAGUGCCGCCUAAGCGGAUAAUACCAAUCGCAACAUAGUAACAAGAAUAUUUAUUUACGCUAUUUUUACUACAUUUGACAAUUAGAACCUUCAUUGUACGUUAGCAAUAACGUAUCUUGAAACCGAACCCUGGCAAGAAAUUCUUUUGAAGUACGAUUUGAUCGGCGCCCUUAUUUUAGUACUACGCUAUAAUAUUCAGCCACGCCAGCUCCUGCAUAUAAAGCUAUCAAAUAUGAUAGCAAUUCCAUUACAGGCUUUCUUAUGUUUGAUGCCGUUGCGCUCUUCCGGCCAAGCAAACAGAGCGAGUGAUCAAUUUGUCUAAACAGGCAUGUACUUACAGAAUAUUAGGUUAAAAUAUAUUGGUGCAAACACACUAUUGUCCCGCUUUUGAAGUAAAAGAUAUUUGACGUAGAAUUACAUAUUUUUUUUAAUACCCAGGACUAAAUAUAUAACUUUGACAGUGUACAAUGUACAUGCCAUUUAAGUAUUUGGAACAAAUAGUUCACGGGCUCUGAUGAAAACCACUUCCUAUGCGUUACUGACAACGCUUGAUAUGACGCUUAUCACUUCCUAAUCCGACGCUAUGAGACUUGUUCCGACACCAAGCUUCCCCUGGGCCCUCGACAACAAACCACGCUCUCUCACCGGCUACCCGCAUAUUGCCUCUACCAAACGCCAUAAUGCUUUGUAAUUUAUGUUGACGCUCGGAUUCGCAAAAUCUAUCACUGAUGGGGCCUCGUCUUCGAAAUAUACUCUUUUAUUACAUUCUAAAACUUAGUGUAGAAGAAAGAGUCAUUAGUAGCUUGGUUAGGGUAGAGAGUAACUGAAAUAAUAGAAAUAUUGUUCAAUUUGUAAUACUUGUACUAUAGUAAGUUCGCCUAAUAAUCGUGGACGAGGUCUUAAUGCUAAUCUUCCUUAUAGGCCUAAUUUUAAUAGAAAAAGGUAAUUGAAAAAGAUGACUCAUGGAAAUGUUGCCUAAAACUAUCGCACUUGUAAAUAUCAUUUAAUUUCACACGUCUCGUAAGACAAAGUAUGUGUUUCAUUUAUAUGGUCUCAUUUUUCCGAAGUUUCUAUCUAUGGAAUGCAUAUUUUGAAUUUUAGAGGAAUUUGUAAUUAAAUGACAUUUCUGAGCGCUGUUAUUAUUCCUUUGGCUUAUUACCCGCUAAGCCAGUAGUAAACCUUAGGCUUGUUUUAAUUUUCAUGCUUUCAACAGACUAGUAGAAUAAGUGCUUAUUAAUAUCGAGCUGCAGCCAAACAUCACGAUCACUUCUAGAACGGGCUAUUCACAGGUCAAGGUGCGCUAAGAUCUAAGCUUUCAUUCGGCCUACAACACACGCUCAAUAACUCAAUCGAGGACAAUUACUUAAAUUUAUUGUUCUUCUACUUCGGCUGAAGACAUCUUUCUCCAUUGUUUGAACAGCAGUAAGGGUGUUUUAAAACAGACUAGAAAUAAAAUUAUUGAUGCCAACCAAAGCCGGAAUAAUAAUAAGGAUAUUCGGAUGCUGUGGCAAUGGCGAACGAAAAGCAAAACUUGAUGGUAAUAGCUUAACAGGCGUGUCAUAAUGUUUCGAUGUCAUCAUCCAUCAGUCAUUAAUCAUGUGCUAUAACUGUACCGAGUAUUUUGUAUUGAACAGUUGAUGCUACAACUUACUUGUUGAUGAUUUUAGUUUUGUAUAGUGAGACAAACUUGCUUUCAAAUGUGGAAGAAGUCACUCUACAGUAUUGCCUUGCUUUACACCUGGUAAGAUACAAUCAGCUUAUAUAAUAUCCUCAGUUUUAAGUGAUUUCCUGUUUGAAGCCUCUACUGAAACACGCCUGUCACUUGCAUGAAUUUCUGCAAUAAUAUCCUCGACGCUGCUACUGUGCUUCUAAUUACUUGUUCAAACAUUUGGCAGUUUCAGUAAAGGUGACUAAAAUAUUUUGAAUAACGAAGCCUUUAUUCUGUCCUGUUAAUAAGUUGACAUUUAGCUGAUUGAUAACAAUUCGCACUAGUCUAACAAGGUUCCAUAUGGCUUGUACAGAAUGCAUUGCGAUGUCACAGUCAACUUCUUGAUGGGAAGUAAAUUUCACCUCUGCUAGUCUCAACUAUCAACUGCUAAUGGGGGAUUAGAUUUUUAUGUAUAAAAUUAAAAUGCUUACCGUAAUUAUUUUCGUUUAGAAAUUAUCGCGUAGUUGGUAGUUGAAAUGACGAACAAGGUGGAUGAAGGAAAGUCGAAGUGAUUUCAGAAAUAACCAUAACACUGUAAAUAGUAUAUCAACUCGAUAAAAGCAACUCGAAAAACAUGGGGUUUCCUUAUAUCAAAGAGUCAGGUAGCGCAAUUAUUCACUUCGACUUUUCUUUAUAAUGCUUAAAGAGCUUCGCCGUUACGGCUUCAAUUCCUCGCUUACGACUUGUUGAGGCCUCUCUGAUGCUUAUUUAAAGUGUUCACAGUAGACGUAAUAAUAUAUUUGGUUUUCUUUUGUUUGUCGUACAGUAACCGCACUCUAAUGGUCAUUAUGUUGCAGUUUGUACUACCACUAACAUGUCACGUCCAGAACUGUCAUGUAAGCUAAAGGUAUAAGUUUAAUUUGACUUUUUACAUUAAAUUUAACAUGCUGUGUACCGCGGCCGCGGCGGCAUGGCUGGUCUCCAGAUAUCAUCACGUCGACACUUGUCGCGCUCCCUCACAGCCUUUUUAAGCUUUGUUAUAGCAACAGUUGGUAUUUAUGGGAACACCUUUCGACGCUACAAAACCUCUAGAACGCCCCGCCCUGGUUACAGUUGUCUAGCAUCAUGCUUUAGCUUUUUUGUAAAAUAUAGUCACGCUUAAAUAAGAUUGGCUGCGCAAUAAUGAUUAUACUUCAAGCGUUCUGCAUGCCAUUUAGAUCUUAUAUAUUCAUACUAUGUGCAUAGUGCGACGUACUUUAACACAACUCUCUGACGGUAACGGAAUCUCACACGAGAAUAACUUUAAGCAAUGGGCUAGUAAUCCAUUAAUGCAGCGUUAAAAUAAUUGUGUAAUAGUAAUGUUAAAUACAAUAUAAAGGUGACACACAUUACGUGAGCGCACGUACUAAAGAAUGCUUGGAAGGUCCGAUCAUAUUGUGCAACGAAUCUUGUAAAGUUAUUGUAAUAUUAAAGCAGCAAUAAUAUUUGAUUUGGAGCAAUUUCCGCCUUCCGUGUGUCCCGCCGAUUUGUGUUUAUGUAGCGACUGAGAGAGUACACACGCAAUGCAAUUGGUUCUCUACCAAACGAACAUCGACAUAACAACGCGUAUUCCUUAUACCAAUAGAACAUAUACUUUUGAGAUCUAAGUUAGAUAGUCAUCCUUUUUCGUUAUACUCGUAUAUUUAUUUACAAUACACUUGCUCUUUGAUAUUACAAAAACUGUUUCAGCAGUAUUUUUCAGACGGCUGUGCAUUGAGGAUGAUAUUCAGUGUCAAAUGUAUGAAUGUCACAACAAGGCGAUGAUCUAGAGUUAGAAUUAACCCUAUUAACAUCAACUCACGAACCAUCGGUAUGACCGGUUACAUCGGUUUUCCGACUGUUUGUGAAGUAGAAUUAAUUUUCUGGACAUAUAGCACGGUUUCGCCACAAUGAGCAAGUCAUGAACUGUCGUAUACAAUAAUCGUAAAUAAAUUCCGAGACAAGAAUAAGUCUGGUAGAACAGAAUAUAUGAGACCGGCAAAGAGAUAAAAUAAAAUAAUUUAAUGAAUUAUUAAAAGACAUCAAGUUUCUUUUAAUUUCAGAAAAGCCUCUCUACUUGGCAAUUUAUAUUGAAGUAACAUUUCAUACGUGACAUGUGAAAAUAUCGUGUUCAGAAUUUGUCUUUGUGGAGUACACAGUGCUUAUAUGGACGUAAGUGACGACAUGGAUACUAACAGGUUCUUGUUGUGUUCACAGUUACUGGACACCCUCCCGGUGUGCCAAGAUUUUAAUCGACAAGGAUGUUCGAGACCUACCUGCAGAUUUGUUCAUAUUCGUGAAGGGUGCGGGCUGCAGGUGGUGGGGUGCCGCGUGGUGGUGUGCCGCGACGCCGCCGCCGGCACGUGUCGCCGCGCCGCCUGCCGCUACUACCACAUCCCCGUUCAAUUGCCGCCAGCCCUCAGACCCCCCUAAAUAGACUUCCUCUCCCCCCUCCACCCCCCCAACCUCACCCCGUACCCUCAUUGCCACACCUUCAUCUUCAUUCCUUCCUCCAUCAUUUAAAGCAUCCAAUUUUUAGACGCGUUAUGCCAGACGAGCGAAAUGACAGAUAUUCAAAAUACCAACGUCAUUCCCAAAUACCAAUAAAAAUACAGCCAAUUGGAGCCAUGGCUCUUUUUUGUUUAACUUUAUUGUGACUUCGCAUGGCAGGUGUUUUUCAUCGACAAAGUGCGAUAUGUGGGUUAAGACUGACAUGCUGCAUGACUGACGAUGCAAAGCCUGUCAUAUUUUGUCUGGUGAUAUUUAUGCGUAUAUAUUUCUCCCCUUACCCGUCCCUUAGCCAAGCGUCGCCCGCGCCCAGUUAUCCAUAUCGAUCGCGCCUCUGGCACACUCGGGGAAGUCCCGCGGCGGAGGUGGUGAUAUUUAGUGAAUAUCGGUUAGUGUAGCGACGAGGCCAUCCGGCCCCGUCGAAUGUGAGUAGUAGUCUUCGGGAAGGAGUGUGUACAUAAGUAGCGGGAUAUAUUUCUCAGGCACGGUCAUGCGAUUGUGAUAUGAAUAGAUUUCGAGACGCCGGAGCCGUUUGAGUAAUUUUAUCGAGAUCGUACCGAGAUUGUCGAAUAGUAGUUAGUGAGGUUUCAAAUGUUUUAUUACUAUUGUAUAUUAUUUUUUAAGAUACGAUAUGAGUUCCUGUAAAGAUCGGUGCGCGCAGCACAGACACUUUGUUGUAUAUAAGCGAUAUAAUAUGUACGGGUGGUGGAGCGGCGCUCGCCGUAGCUCUGCCGACGGCUAUGGCCGGUGUCAAAAGUUGCAUCACCCCACUCCUAAUGUGAGCAUUUUGUGAGAAUUAUGUUACUUUUUAUGUACGUUAUGAAAUUAUGUUUUUCUAGAUGACAAGUUUUACACUAGAUUAGAUUAAGCGAAUCAGUAAUGGAACACCAAUAGCGUAGCCGCUUCUCUCCUUCGGCACCUGAAACUUUUGACGCCGGAGCACAAUUAUUGUUCACGUCGGGUCGAGGCCCGUCACACUUAGCAUAGAGUAUCACGACACUCGUAGAGUGAUAGAGGACAAACAUUCGAAAUACAAUGAACGUUAUCGGACAAUAUUUAAAAAAACGAUAAAGGCAUACUUCCAAGCUAUUAACCUAAAUUCUAGGAUAGAACGUCGGCUUUUAUUCCAGAUAGAUUUUGCUAGAUAAUCAUUCUUUUUCCCGAUCGAAUCCCGUCUAUCAAAGCACAAAAUAUUACCGACGAUCGAGUCCGAUUACCUCUCGGUGAGUGCAGCAUAAAGAAAUAGCUACCUACUUAUAUUGUUUUCGACACAAACAGUAUUAACGUUUUGAUCAAAUUUAUCUCGUCGUAUGUAUGUAGAGGUGAUAUGCGGAUAGUAAGAGAGUGAGAGAGGCGGGAGCGCGUCGCCGGCGCGGCCUGACAGUCUCCGCUGCGCCGGCGCACGGCCCCGAGGGCAUGGAAGCCUAAUGCCUAAUAUUAUUCCUAGUCCAUAUCCUUUUUGUUGAUCAGUCAUGCGAUUAAUGUUAGAAUAAAUAUUAAUAAUUUAAUUUAUUCCUCCCAUUUAGUGGAUAUUUUGAUAAUGAUAUAUUAAUAAUGAAAUAUUUAAGAUACAUAAUACAUAUUUGAUUCUAAAUCCUGAUAAAGUGACACUACUUUAGUAAUUUAGUCGGGGGGAUACUUGUGCCGUGAUUAUAUUUUUAGGUAUAUAUUAUGAAAUAAUUCCUAGCGUCGGAAUUAAAGAAGUGAUUAAUGUGUAAGCGUGUUAUAUUUAUUGUCGUAACGUAAGUGGAAUGCCAUAUCGAUAAAAGGUGAAUAUCGGAGUGGAGUCAAACUCAGUAGUAACUCGUUGCGUUUGUUUAUGUUGGUUGUUAUAUCGGUCCCGUGCUAAGUGAACACUUCACUUUUAUCAAUACGGCACUAUGACUCUUAUAUAUAAGUUGUCAUUUUAUUUUUUUGUUGAAAUUUAUCUGUUCAUGAAUUAUUUGUUGCCUAUAAUUUUUAUAAUCAAAAUUUUAUGAUCUGACGCAUUUAUUGUAAGACAAGCGAUUACUUUUAUAAUUAAUUAGUGUGAUAAUAUAAUUAUGGUAUCAAAUUGCCGUUGUAAAGAUUGAACAUCGAAAGUAUCCUUCCUGUUUAGAAGGGACUCUUCAGGCCCGAGAUUUCUAGCGGAUUUUAUAUAUUUUUCUUUUUGUUGUAUUUUUAAUGUUGCGUGUGUCUUACACAUAAUAUAUUUCAUUUUUGUGAUAUUUUUAACUAUAAAGUACUGUUAUUAUAAUGCAUAAUAAAAGAAUAAUGAUGACCUAAUUAAAAUAUUCAAGAUAUUAUUUGUAAAUCACAAAAAAAAAAUGUAAAACUGUAAAUAUAUUGACAAAAAAAAUGAACUGCAACACAAUAAUUGAUUACUAUAUCUCUCAUCAAAUACAUUGUAAGUUGUUUGAGUACCUAAUAUUGGUAUCUUAUAAUGUAGUAAGUACCUACAGUCUACUUUAAUGCUAAACCGGUCCAGUGAACAAAGUAUUGAUAAUAUUGUGAACAUUUUUUUAUUCACGAACAAUCACAGAAAGUACAUGACAUUGUAAUAUUAUUUAUGAAAUUACUAUGUGAUGUGAUCUUCGGAUCAAUUUUGAGUACAGCAUAGAUAAUAAACAACUGAAUAUGUGA